AUGUCUACGAAUUUGAAUACCCCGGUCAUUAAAAAGUACCGCAAGCACUUUAUCCCCUUGGAGUCGAACCCCGACGUCUUCAACCAAUUGAUCCGCCUUCUGGGAGCACCCGAGUCUCUCGUCUUUGAAGACGUGUUCACGCUAGACGAACCGGAGUUCCUCCCGCACCCAGCAUUGGCCCUGAUCUUAAUAUUUCCCACGGCGGAAAACUACGAGGAGCAAAGGGCAGCUGAAGAUGCUAGCCAUGAAGACAGCAGUUCAAGUAGGCCUGGCGAGGAAGUAGUUUGGUUCAAGCAGACCAUCAAUAACGCAUGCGGUCUCUACGCAAUACUCCAUGCUCUAAGCAAUGGAGAGGCACGAGGCCUGAUCGGGUUGCAGCCGCAUCAGCAGGCCCUCGUCUUGGAGGAGUCUGAGGAGCUCGAGAGGGUCUAUAAUGUAGUAGCCAUCCAGGGAGAUUCAGCAGUGCCGGACAACCCGGAAGAUGAGGUCGACUUCCACUACGUAGGUUUCGUUAAAUCGGGUGUAGAUGGUCGGCUCUACGAGCUAGACGGUGAUCGCAAGGGUCCCAUUGAUAGGGGAGCGGUGCUUGGGGCUGGCGAUGAUGUCCUUGGCGAGGGCGGCUUGACGGUGAUUCGAGAAUAUAUAAAGAAAGAAGAGGGAAAUGCUGGAUUUGGGUUGAUGGCGUUGGUCCGCCGAGAGGGGCCUUGA